AUUGUAACACACACCUCAAUAAUUGACACAAAAGAGCGAAUUUCAAGAAAAUUAUGGGUCUGAAAUAUCUCAGCUUCAAUCUCCUCAUCCUUUUCUCCUCCUUCAUCUACUCAAGUGCAGAUGAAGAAUGUGUGUAUGGCAUAUACGUGCAAACAGGCUCUGUCAAAAGGGCCGGAACCCACUCCAUAAUAGGCCUCACCCUAUCCGACGCUUUGGGGGCCCAACUCGAGAUCCCCAAUCUCGAGGACUGGGGCCUCAUGGGCCCAGGAUUUAACUACUUCGAGACUGGCGAGCUCAACAUCUUUGGCGGGAAAGGCCUGUGCCUCACAGGCCCGAUUUGCGGAUUGAACCUUACUUCGGAUGGGUCCGGCCCGUAUGCCGGUUGGUAUUGUGAGUUUGUGAAAGUGAGUGCGUUCGGGCUCCAUAGCCCGUGUUCCCAACAGAAUUUCGCAGUGGAGCAGUGGUUGGCUAAAGACGAGCCACCUUAUAAGCUCACCGCGGCCAUGGACGUGUGCUCAGGCUCGGCCCGUGAUGCUCGGCCAGAGGAAAAGGGCUUACGUUUGUCCAUGGUGACCUCUAAGUAGUAGGGCCCGUGAUUAAAGUUGUUGUGGUUCCUUUAGGGCCUAUUGUUACUUUGUUUGGCUCGUAUUGUGAUUAUUAUGUCACAAUAAUUAGGUGUAUGGAAUAAGUGAACUUGUACGAUUUUUGAUC